AUGUCGACUACGACCACGACCACCGCUCUAACGUCUACCACGCUGGUCGGAAUGCUUCCCACCUUCACCGAUGCGACGGCCUUAGUUUCGGGGAAGAACUGCCCAACCUGUGGCCAGGAGGCCAUUCCGUCGCAACCCCUCCCAGCCAACGCCCAGAAGAAAGUCCAUGAAUUGGAAGGCCAUAUUGAAUGCUUGAAUGUCCAGGCGGCACACAUGGCUGAAAAGCUCGCCGAGUACGAAGAACAAGUCCGUCGCCUCCGCGCUCAGGCCGCCGUUCACAACUCCCGCAAUGGCUCCUCCGUAUCCUCCCUGUCCUCCGCCAAGUCCAAUGAAGUCGAUCGGUCGUUGUCGCCGCCUCAGUCGUCCCACUCGCAGACCCAACAAGGCGGGCGUCUCUCGACCCUGACCUCGCUCCUACAUUAUCGCCGGCCGAGUGCCUCGCCCGCAACGCCUCCGCAAGCGCCCGCGCAGCCUGUCGCUCCGACCCCGCCCUCGCCGCCGCAACCCCCGGACCACGAAAGAAUCGAAUGGCAGAAUGCUCUGAACCGGGAGCAGAACUUACGCCGGGAAGCGGAAUCGCAGCUCAUGCAGGCCAAUGCCGAAUUGGAGGAAUUGACGGCGCAGCUGUUCAGCCAGGCCAACGAGAUGGUCGCCCAAGAACGGAGAGCACGGGCGAAAUUGGAGGAACGGGUCGCAUUGCUGGAACGACGAGACGUUGAGAAACGCAACCGCCUCGAACGCCUUGAAAAGGCAAUGGAGAGAGUCGAACGCAUCCGGGCUUUAGUCGGGUAG